CCAGAUUUAUCUCUCAGUUGCAGCAUAGUGGACUAAAGAUAAAAAGUGUGUCACGUCGAGAAGAUACCGGGAUCACUCGCCAGUACUGUUCCCUCUGCUCUAAGUUGGAUUUGGAUUUUAUGUACAACAUGACAUUUGAGGAACUAAGUGGAGAUUAUUCUCAAGAAAGAAUGGAUUCUGUGGCGAAAGCUUUAGAAGAAGUCCUCACCUCUGCGUUACCACAGGGCUGCAUCACAGUCGGUGUGUACGAGGCUGCCAAAUCACUCAAUGUAGACCCUGAUAAUGUGGUUUUGUGCAUCCUGGCCACGGAUGACGAAGAUGUGAAAGAUGUGGCCCUGCAGAUCCACUUUACCCUCAUUCAGGCUUUCUGCUGCGAGAAUGACAUCAACAUCCUCAGAGUCAACAACACCAGGCGCCUGGCAGAAAUCCUGGGUGGAGGAGGUGGAAAACAGAGUGGGGGUGAACCUAUGGACCUACACUGUGUCCUGGUCACUAGCCCACAUUCUACAUCGUGGAAGGACCCCGCUUUGAGCAAAGUGAACCGAUUCUGCAGAGAGAGCCGCUGUAUGGAUCAGUGGGUACCUAUCAUCAACCUGCCUGAACGAUGAACUAUUAGCUGCAAAAAUCUGUGAAAGGACUUUUAUCAGCACAGGAAGAGUGAUGUGAACCCUGAUGGACAUAUUACCACCCAGAGAUCAAAUUCCAAAGCACUGCUUAUGGGGAAAGAAAAUUUCGGAGGAAAAAAAAAAGACCCUGCUGUUGACAUGGGA